CAGCCAUGCUGUGUCCUUCCACAUCCCCUAGGUGACUCCUUUGAGCCUUCCAGAAAGUGGGCGAGAAGGAAGCCCUACUCUACCACCACGGUGACUUCAGGGAGCACAUUCAAUGAGGUUUUAAGAAGAUACGCCGUGUACACCAUCCAGCGUCGGAGGCAUCAUGGCUUCCGGGUACAGAAGAAGAUGUACCCACAAGAAGAUGACUUCCAUCAUAUCUUCAGCAACCUUGAAAGAUUGGAUGAGCUUCGGCCCAGUCUUGAAACCUCUGAGGAGUCCCCAGCUCACAAGGAGGGAGGAGAUGGAGAGAGGCCGGUCGACACAAGGGUGGUGCAGGCGGCCCCUCUGAGUUGUGACUCUACUCCCCAUGAGGACGCUGUACACGACAUCACUAAUGAGGAUGCUGUACAUGACAUCGCUAAUGAGGACACUGUACAAGACAUCGUUAAUGAGGACACUGUAUACGACAUCGCUAAUGAGGACACUGUAUACGACAUCGCUAAUAAGGACGUUGUAUAUGACAUCGCUAAUGAGGACGCUGUAUAUGAUGUCACUAAUGAGGACACUGUAUACUACAUCACUAAAGAGGAUGCUGUACAAGACAUCGCUAAUGAGGACACUGUAUACGAUGUCGUUAAUGCGGAUGCUGUAUAUGACAUCGCUAAAGAGGACACUGUACAAGACAUCUCUAAUGAGGACGCUGUAUACAACAUCACUAAUGAGGACGCUGUACAAGACAUCGCUAAUGAGGACACUCUAUAUGACAUUGCUAAUGAGGACACUGUAUAUGACAUUGCUAAUGAGGAUGCUGUACAAGACAUCACUAAUGAGGACACUGUAUAUGACAUCGCUAAUGAGGACGCUGUAUACAACAUCAUUAAUGAGGACGCUACAUCACUAAAGAGGACACUGUAUACGACAUCGCUAAUGAGGACGCUGUAUAUGACAUCGCUAAUGAGGACGCUGUAUAUGAGGUCGCUAAUGAGGACGCUGUAUAUGACAUCGCUAAUGAGGACACUGUAUACGAGGUCACUAAUGAGGAUGCUGUAUAUGACAUCGCUAAUGAGGACACUGUAUACGACAUUGCUAAUGAGGACGCUGUACAAGACAUCACUAAUGAGGACACUAUUGGGCCAGUUUCACGAACUUAAUCCACGGGGGAAACUGCCUCGUGGCGAGGGAAACACUCUGCUCUGCUGCGAUCGUGGGAAUGCUGCCAUCCUACCAGUCGUCAUUAGCAUGAUGUCUAUCAGCAUCCGAUCAUUAGCAAUGUCAUAUACCAAUGUCCUCAUUAGUGAUGUCAUAUACACCAGCGUCCUCAUGCCGUCCUCGGCGCGACGCGCGGCCAUUGUCAGCUGCUCAGUGCUCAUUAGUGAUGUCAUAUACAGCGUCCCUCCAUUAGCGAUCGUCGUAUCCAAUGUCCUCAUUAACGUGAUGUCCAUGAUGUUGUAUGACAGCGUCCUCAUUCAGCGAUGCAUAUACGCUAAUGAGGACGCUGUAUAUGACAUCACUAAUGAGGACAUUGUAUAUGACAUUGCUAAUGAGGAUGCUGUAUAUGACAUCGCUAAUGACACUGUAUACGACAUCGCUAAUAGGACACUGUAUAUGACAUUGCUAAUGAGGACGCUGUACAAGACAUCCCUAAUGAGGACGCUGUACACGACGUUGCUAAUGAGGACGCUGUACACGACAUCACUAAUGAGAAUGCUGUAUACGACAUCGCUAAUGAGGACACUGUACAAGACAUCUGUAAAAAAGAAGAUGCUGCCAAGGUACAGAAACCUGAUUCUGGCUCCUUUUGGGCGUAAGAGAGUUUGGGGUCUGGAUUUGAUUGUGGAGAGCAUAUCUGAUGAUGAGGAUUUUGCAGAUCAGGAGGUGGCAAGCAGCCCCUGCCCUCCCCCCGUUGUAGGCCCAAGGAUAGACUGA